AUGUCCAAUGUGCCGUUGGUUCGUCGAGCGAUUGCUGGUGCUUCAUUUGCUCAUACAUCCACUUCGAUUGAGGUCCCUUCAAUGAAUCCUGUAGGCGACCAUUGGACCCCAGCUGCCUUAGAACGAGCUGGCUCAACAUUAAAGGCUCUCCAUCGUAUGGCAAAACGUCCCCCAGUUCACAUCAUUUUCGAAGAUGUCGGAUACACUGUUAAUGCAAGCGAAGGUGAGAGGACAAUUCUUCACAACGUAUCAGGUGAAUUUCGGUCUGGGGAGUUAACUUGCAUACUCGGACCCUCAGGAGCUGGGAAAUCCACUUUAUUGAAUAUCCUCGCUGGAUCGACCGGUGUCAAUGGUAGAAUAACCGUGAACGGUCAAGCAAGGGAUAUGAGGGUGUUCAAAAAACUGAGCAGCUACAUCAUGCAGGAUGACAUAUUGCAGCCAAGGCUGACAGUCAGUGAAUCAUUGAAGAUAGCUGCGGACCUUAAAUUGGGUUCAGAACUAGGAAAAGCUGAAAAGGAACUCGUGGUGGAAGAAAUUCUACAAACUUUGGGACUAUGGGAUCAUAGAGACACUAUGUCACAAAGUCUCUCUGGUGGACAAUCAAAACGACUCUCAAUCGCCUUAGAACUGGUCAACAAUCCACCGAUUAUAUUCCUCGAUGAACCUACAACUGGUCUAGAUAUAGUAUCUAUACGUCAAUUGGUAGUCCUGCUUCGUCUCCUGUCACGUCAAGGCCGAACUAUCAUUUGUACGAUACAUCAACCAUCAGCAUCACUGUUUUCACUAUUCGAUCGAGUCUACGUUUUAUCACGAGGACUCUGCUGUUAUCAGGGUGCAGCACCCCUGCUAGUGCCAUAUCUGGCUGAAGUCGGUCAUGUUUGUCCAAAAACGCAUAAUCCAGCGGAUUUUGUGCUGGAAACUCUGGUUGGAAAUGUGGAAACAGCGGCACAAAUGUCAGAAUUAUGCCAAAAUGGUAAACUCUGUAGGACUAUAAACAAAAUGAUAAGAGAUGGGAGAAAACGGGAGUUACAUUCAUAUGAAUCAAUUCAAAGAAUAUUUACAGAGCACGUGGCGAAAGAACAACUGCAGAAAAUGAAUUUUCCAACAUCAUUCAUGACACAAUUUCUGAUUUUAAUUAAGAGAAUGUUUUUACAGAUGAGGAGGAAUUCGCUUAAUCUAUGGAUACAGCUGUUCCAUCAUAUUAUUGGAGCUCUGCUGAUGGGCGGUAUAUUCUUCCUCAUCGGAAACGAUGGAAACCAGCCCAUCGCCAAUUUCAAAUUCUGUCUUAGCUGCGUUGUAUUCUUCAUGUACACAUAUAUUAUGAUUCCUAUAUUAUUAUUUCCAACGGAAUUGAGGACGCUUCGUCGAGAGUACUUUAACCGUUGGUACAGCUUGAAAGCCUAUUACGCAGCUUUGACACUAUCUACAAUGCCAUUGCUAAUACUCCUGGGUACUUUAUUUAUAGCUAUCUGUUACACUAUGUCAGGACAAAUUUUGGAGUUCAAGCGCUUCGUGCUAUUCACAAUCACGGGGCUUUUAACUGGAAUAUGUUCUGAAGGCUUCGGCUUACUGGUCGGAUCCACGUUUAACGCAACUAACGGUUCGAUCGUUGGACCAGCGACUGUUGCUCCACUUCUGGCUUUAUGUUGCUACGGCCUAGGUUUUGGAUCUCACAUAGAAGCAUUCAUGAAAUUUCUUAUGUCGUUAUCUUAUUUACGUUAUUCAUUAAGUGGAUUCUGUUUAGCUUUGUAUCAAGUUAAAUGA